AUGACAUUCACACUCCUCCACGCAUUCCUCCUCCCCGCCCUCAUCAGAGCAUCACCGCUCCUAAAACGAGACUACCCACCCGUCGGCGCCUGCUCAGGCAAAUGUCAAGGCCGCCUCCACGAUCCCGCCGUAAUCUACCGCGAAGACACAUCCACCUACUACCGCUUCACCACGAACGACGGCCUCCACACCGCCACGGCCCCAAGCAUCGAGGGUCCGUGGACAGACCAAGGCCCAGCCCUUCCGGACGGCUCCAGCAUUGAUUUACCAGGGAACAAGGAUCUAUGGGCUCCCGACCUCUUCCACUACCAAGAAACCUACUACCUCUACUACUCCGUCUCGCAAAUAGGCUCCAAAAACUCCUCCAUAGGCGUCGCCACCUCCCCCUCCCUCGACCCCGGCUCCUGGACCGAUCACGGCUCCAUCGGAAUCCCUACCUCCCCGGAUUACAACCGCAUCGAUGCCAACCUCUACUACCCCAGCGGCGGGUCCCCCGUUUUGAAUUUCGGGUCGUUCUGGCAGAAUAUCUUCCAAUUCUCCAUGGAACCCUCUCUACUGAAGAUCACUGGUGAGGCGAAGCAUAUCAGCCAAAACACCACCACUCGUCCAGCAGGUCUAGUAACGGGAGCGCAAGAGGGCGCGUACCUGUUCUUCUGGCAAGGGUAUCAUUACCUCUUCCUCUCAGGCGGGAAUUGCUGUAAUGAGCCUGGCCAGGGGAGUGGGCUUGCACCCGCUGGGGAGGAGUAUCAUAUCCUCGUGUGCCGGUCUUCCGAGGCGUCGGGUGGCUUUGUGGAUCGGCAGGGACGGGAUUGUCUCAAUGGGAAUGGGGGGACGUUGUUGCUUGGUAGUCAGGGAGAUGUGUAUGCGCCGGGUGGGCAGGGGGUGAUGUUUGACCCGAAGUUGAAGAUGGUGGUUGUUUAUUAUCAUUAUGUCAAGCCGAGUGUGUCGUAUGCGUAUGAUGAUUUCUUCUUUGGGUGGAAUAAGUUGGAUUUUGAGGGUGGGUGGCCGAGGGUUGUGGCGUAG